AGCGAGGGGGCUUUCCAGUUACUCGAUUUGACAUCAACAGCGCACAAGGCUUUUUAACGCUGUGGAUUUUUUAGCUUCUCUACGGGCCAAAUUGCGCACUUUUUUCUUCCAGACUGGACACCCGACCAUGAAAAGGUUCGGUGUGUGGUGUGGUGUGUGCGUGUCGGUGGCCGCGGCGUGUGUGAGGAUCAGCGAGGACGCGUUGGUGUUUGAAUUGUAGUCGCUGGUGGAGCGUUCAUGAAGUGGACAAGCCGCCGAGGCUCCGGCUGUUACUACAUUGUUCUGAGGCGAAACCCAGUGCUGCAAUACCGGACGACGUCCAUAACUGAUUCAUGAAAGUCUGGUUCAGGCCUCUGAACUACUGAUGGAAAAACCAUGAUGACACACAGCUGAGUUUAACUCUCUAUUGGAUUCAGAGUUUGUGCUGAGGCAUUGUCAGUCUUUGGGCAGGAUGUUGGGGUUACUUUUGAUCGCUGGGUGCUCUUUCUCACUUCACACCCUGAGCCAUUUGAAUCUGACAUCUGUUGAACUCUCAGAAUAAACAAGGUCAUGUCCUUGUUGCGCCGUGUGGACGCGCGGGAGCAGUCCUUUCUCCCGCUGCGUGGUGGUUUUCAGGACGACUUCGUCAUGCCUCCCGAGCCCAAGUACUGCUGCGAGCUCUGUCGCAUGGUGCUAUGUAAUCCUCGCCAGACUGAGUGUGGACACCGCUUCUGCGAAAGCUGCAUUAACCAGCUGCUUAGUAAACAGAAUCCAGUGUGCCCAGCUGAUAUGGAGCCAUUAUCUCAAGAUAAAAUAUUUCGUGAUGUUUGCUGCCAUAGAGAGAUUAUGACAUUAAAAGUCUUCUGCCGAAGUGCGAAAAACGGAUGUAAAGAACAAAUGUGUUUACAGCAAGUUAUGGACCAUUUGAACUUGUGUGAGUACUUUGAGGUGCCCUGUCCGUUGUGUAAAGAGAAGCUUAUGAGGAAGGACAUGCCUGAACACUUGAGCCGCAAAUGCAAAUACCGUGAGGCCACCUGUGAAUUCUGCAAACUCAAAAUGGCCUUAACAGAGCUACAGAAACACAAAGAAACUGUCUGUCCUGCAUUUCCAGUAUCAUGCCCUAAUCAUUGCUCAUUUCCAUCAAUUUUACGAAGUGAGCUCUCCAUUCACCAGCAAGACUGUCCAAAAGCUCAAGUCUCUUGUUCCUUUUUUCGUUUUGGCUGCACCUACAAGGGUCUGAACAAGGAAAUGAGAGAGCACGAGUCAAGCUUUGCCUCAGAACACUUGCGACUGAUGGUAGCCAGAAGCAACACGCUAGAGGCCAAGGUGGAGGAUGUCAAGAACGAGCUGCUAGAACGCUACAAGGUUCUCCCGAGUCUGAGCAGUCGCCUUACAGAAGUGGAGGAACAGUAUAAAGAUAUGAGGGAGAAAUACCGACAGGUGGAGCAGAAACUAUCCAGCAUGCAGAAGCUAAUGAGUGCACACUCGGAGAAGCUGCUGGAGGUGGAGAUGGAGCUGAGGGAACUGCGGCCGUUGAGGGCGAUGCGUGAGGAAGUAGAAUCUCUAAGGGGCGCCGUGGAGAGUAUGCGCUCUGUGGUAGCAUCGUUCGACUCUGUCCGCACUGGUCCUGGUACCCUCACGCUGACCUCAUUAGAGACCCAGCUUUCUCGGCAUGAUGAGCUGCUCAGUGUGCACGACAUCCGUUUGGCCGACAUGGACCUUAAGCUGCAGGUGCUGGAGACGGCCAGCUUCAACGGAACUCUUAUUUGGAAGAUACGUGACUACAAACGGCGCAAACAGGAGGCAGUGGCUUCCAAAACAUUGUCGCUUUACAGCCAGCCUUUCUACACCGGCUAUUUUGGCUACAAAAUGUGUGCUCGUGUUUACCUGAACGGUGAUGGCAUGGGAAAGGGCACACACCUGUCACUUUUCUUUGUGGUGAUGCGCGGUGAGUAUGAUGCGCUGCUGCCAUGGCCUUUCCGCCAAAAGGUGACACUCAUGCUGAUGGAUCAGGGUCCUGCACGGAAGCACCUGGGUGAUGCUUUCAAGCCUGAUCCAAACAGCAGCAGCUUUCGGCGGCCCACAGGGGAAAUGAACAUUGCCUCAGGCUGUCCGCUGUUUGUCGCUCAGACUGUGCUGGAGAACGGGACAUACAUCAAAGAUGACACCAUAUUCAUCAAGGUCACAGUGGACACCUCAGACCUACCUGACCCAUGACACCUGGACAGUUAACUCAUUGAGGGCCCGGUGCUCAUCACGGAUGUUACGAAGUCACAGGAUUGGGGAAAAACAGAGCAGGAACCGAUAAGAAGAACCAACCAAACACAAGAGCGUGCUGAGAGUCUCGGGCUGGUGCUCCUGAGACAGUGUUUGUUGAGGGAAAAGAUUGUGCUGUCCUUUGGAUCAUGACCAGGGUGUAGGGGAGGUCUCAGAUAGCUGCAGUGUUCAAGAUGGAGCAGAAAGAGCAAAGGGUUUUCAUCUCUAAUAAAAAGGAAAAAGUACGUCUUCAUCAGUGCUGGUAAAGACUAAGAGAAAGACAAAAUGUAAUGAUACAAACAUAAAAAGCUGCCUUUUAGUGGAAAAAUAUACAAGGGGAUUUGUUUUCUGUAACUGACAUAUUACUCUGUAAUAAUAUUUCACAGAAAAGAAAAGAAGUAUUUCAAUUGUAGAAAAUCAAUAUGUGGGCCUCAUUUAUCAAUCUUUUAGUAGUUUUGUGUUGUUUUUUUAAGAAACCAAAACAAUCAUUUUGUGUAAGUCCCCCCCAUCCCCCCCCACCCACCUUUAUACUUCAGUGAUCUUGCUGAUAAAUACCAGUCUGAUGUUUUGCAUAUAGUGAUGCCCACAAACCCCAAGGUAAAACUCAUAGAGGGCCGAAAAUGACUCAAUAAUGAAAAGUACCUCCUAAGCAUGAAGCGUCCUAAAUCUUCCAGUAAUGCAGCUCUACUUAUGCAACACUUUGUCUACAGUACACUAACUCUUCCUCCCUUUAAAGGGGCCUGUUUCUGUUGUUUGAAUUAAAUAGUGUUGUCUUGAGUUCCAGAUUUAUUUUAAAUUGCUUACUUUCGAGUGAAUUUCCAAUUUUCAUUAAAUCUGUGUAUAAAAUCUCAAUAAAUUAUCAAACGAGUGGCUUCAAAUCAUAUAUUCUGUGAGGCUCGCUUAUGUAAGUACAUAUGUACAAGUGUAAACAAUCUCAGGAACCUUUGUAGGAUGCAAAUAUUUUUUUUCAAACGAAGUAGACUUCCAUGUGUAGCCCAUUCAUUAUGUAAAUGCUCCUGUGAGCAAUUUUUCAAUAAGUGCAUUCGUAUUCAGCUUGAUAAAUGAGGCCCAAUGUCUGUACCGCAGGCUGUCGAUUUGGCUUUUAUAGUCAGUCAAAUACAGAUACUAUGUAUUCCACUUUAUCUAGUAAUGUUUGGUGGUUUCAUAAAAAUAAUUGAAUAAAUAAACAGCUUUCAGUGUCGCGUGUCGAGGCAUUCAUCAUAUGGAAAAGAACAAUGGGUAUAGAAUGUGUUGUUUGCGCACGGUGGUAGAUUUUUUUCAUUUUAUUUUUUUUGUUUGGUGUACUGGUAAUAAACUAUAUGAAAGAAAUCCAUAAAACACAAUGGGGCGAAAGAAAAUGCAUGUAAAAUCAAGAAAAUAUAAAUCAGUUUAAUCUCCCAUAUGUGUUUACUAUCGACACAUUAUUUUAUGUAAUGUUUAAUAUUGAUGAUGCUGUGCAUCAGAAUAUAAUGUUCUUUUUUUUAACACCGUUUGUAAUACUAGCCUCUACGUGUACAGCUAUGCUGACCGAAACAUUUACAGUUAACCUUUUCAAGAAGAAUAUUUGCACAAGUAUGAUUUUUUUUUAUAUGUGUAAUGCAAUUGUAUAUGUAUAUGAAUAUAAAAAACAAACAUUUUACCAUAUUCUUUUGUUGUUAUUUGUGAAUAAAAGUUAUGGUAACUUGCCUAAGUUAAUCCACGGUUUAUGACAACACAAAAAAAUUACUUCCUUUUUUGUGUGUUUGUGUUUAAAAAUCUACAGAUACAAAUAAAAAACC